CUCUGUUGCAUAGGAGCGCACUGGUUUCUCUUCUCUAAUAUCGGGCAAUGACUGACAAGUAUGAAUUUACUAUUUCACUUGGAGAACUAAAUAGUUAAUUAAGUAUCUUCUGCUCACAGACUUUCAUGGGAUAAAUGGGCUUUUAAGGUUAAGCACUACGUUGGCCAUGAUGCCCUGGUUGCUGUUGUUUGUCCUCCUUUUCGUCGAUACUUCUUUGGCAGAUAAGCCAGAGGAACCAGAGGAACCAGAGCAUGUUAGUGGAUGUUACAACAAGAACUUCAGCAUCCUACUCAUCGAGGCUUCCCCAUCUGAUAUCCCUGACCCUGCAAAAGCCUCAGUCUAUUUUACUCCCAGCAUCCCAGCUGGUCCUCAGAGACUAGUGUUGGAGAAUGGACAAUUAAAGGACAACAGAUACAAUCUUGUGUCCAACAAGUCAGGGCUCUAUUUUGAGGUGCCCCAGCUAAACGCAGAGGAUCAGGGAAUAUUCUCCGUGAUAUUAAAUGAUAUCGAUAUGGAUAAUGAGACAUUCUCCCUCACAGUGACAGAGUGCGCCCAUCUAGAACGUUUGGAUUAUGGAAGUAAUUUCUCCAUUCUUCUCGAUGGAGACAUUUUGGAGUUCACCCGAAGGGGCUCGUACUUGGAGCCAGCACUUUUGUGGAACCGAAGUGACCCUACAGUCAGUGAGCGGGGCAGAGGUCGAGUCGUAGCUGGACACUGGCUGGCGAAGAACAUCACCCAGUCCGACCAGGGGAAUUUCACCCUCCGAGAUGUCAAGGGCAAAGCCGUGUCCACUACAGUCCUCAUUGUCACUGAGACCAAAACUUAUGAUUAUUUGAAAAUGAAUGAAGAUUUGGUCAUUGACCUGCCCUUCAGUCUCUCCAAAGUGACCCUCCUCUUCCAUCCUGAAAUUGCUAAGUGUAAUAUAAACAACUACGUCAGGCCGAGGGUCCUGAUACGGGACGGGGUGCUGGUUUUAGAGGAGAAGCAGAGCUAUGAGGGGAGGCUGAAGAUGUCCAACUAUCAGAUCGUCUUAGAGAAAUUCCAGAUUGCUGAUGUUGGAUCUUACCAUGUACACGACCCCCAAGGAAACUUGGCUACCACUGUUGAGGUGGAGAUCUUGUUGCCCUCUGAGGCCUGGAAAGUUGCUGUCUUACCCGUGGUUGGAAUUGUGUUCAUGUUACUGGGUUAUUAUUGGAAGAGUAAGGGUCGUACAUGUUGCAAAGGCGUUACUGGGCCAAUGGCAGCUUAAACUUUUGUGGCUAAUGAAGAACAGCAGAGGAGCAUGAGUGUCAUUGUUUGGGUGACUGUGUGUGUGCUGUUGAAAUUAAGGUCAGAUUUAUCUGUCAGUCAACUCAAUCUGAGUUCACAGGCCAGACUCUGUAUUACAUUAAAAAUUAUUCUGCAGCUUCCAACUGACAGCUUUAUUCAUACAGGCCCUUCUUGGAGAAAAGAGGCUAGCAGAUACCACAGACUGUAAUAAAGAACAGUUGAAAGUGCAGCAUUGUAGAGAACUCUCAAGAGACUAAGAGUUCCAGUCACAGCCAUGCAGCAACCAGAAAUGCUAAUAGCUCUCCCUUCUGGACUGCUUCUUUGUAAUCACUGUUGAGUAGUCUUGGUAUAGGAAGAAAAUGCUAUCGGUGAUCACCAUUUCAAGGAAUAGUUUGAUCUGCUUGGCAUUUCUCUGUAAACAGAUUGCCAUUUCAGUAAGUUGAUUUUGGCACCAUCUCCUUCACUGUACUGAAGCCUAAUAGAUAAUCACAUCUCGACAUUAUGUUAGCAAAUGUUGUCUCACUCUAAACUUGGGCUGUGUCAAAGUCAUAUUGCAGGCCCUCAAAUAUUUAUUCAUGCAUUCCAUGUAACAGCACUUUUUGCCACAUUACCUGUUCAUUUUACGUUCUGACCUCUAUUAUCAUAAAUGUUUGACUUGAAGUUUCAGCUGUACAAACUUCCUUUACCAAAAAAAGUUUUGAAAAGAGUUUCUUUCAGCCAAAGACUUUUUGUAAUAUGUAACUGUUUACAUUUUUAUCUACAUGGGGUAAUAAUAUACUCACUGAAAGGAGAAAAUCAUACUGGUUACACUUAAGUGGGAUUACAUUAUCCUGAUACAAGAGCUUUGAAAUAAUUCCAAGUUUUUCCAAGGGAUGGGUACCAUCAAAAACGCACAAAUAUUGUAAUUAUUAUUUCACGAUUUUGUACAACUGAAGCAGUCCAAAUAGUCUGUGCCAUAGGCUAAAGGGCCGUUCACACCAAGAACGGUAACGACAUGAAGAACGAUAUCGCUGGGGAUCACUUUCAGAGCGAUUUUGAAAAGCUGAUGGCCAAUCAGAAUCCAUAAAAAUUGAGCCAUUCUCCAUGUACAUUUUUUGAAUGGGCAAAUAUACUGAGGAAGGGUAUAAUAAAAAUCCGAUUUUAUGCAGAAUGUAAAAUGUUCAUAAAAAUAGUUUCUGGAGUCAGAAAGUUUUUAUAUGUGUGCAUUUAUCAACAUCAUAAUGAAGAUUGUGUGUAGUGGUAAAGCACUUUGAAAUGUCUAGUUUUAUACUGUAUCAUUUAUCACUGGAAACAUUAAAUAUUUAUACUCCAAUUGUA